UCUGCAGAGUGACUGAAAGAAGACAGGAUUAAUCUGAUCUUGAAGAAGAGGAGAAGUUAGAGUGAUGGCAGUAAACCCACAGCACCUGCACCUGGCUGAAGUCACUGCGGCUCACUUCAUCACCGUGUGGGAACGCUACGACCGGCACGGAAACGGUUUUAUUAAAGGAAAGGACCUGGGGAAUUUUUUCAGGGAGCUGGAGGCAGCGCUCAGGGGAACCAGCACGGAUUCUGCAAACGGAGCUCUGAAAGAGAAGAUUCAGGACUUCUUGAAGAAAUUUGAAAAGGACGCUGAGGAGAAGAUUGAGAUGUCCGAGCUGGCUCAGGUCCUGCCUGCAGAGGAGAACUUCCUGUUGUGCUUCAGACAGUUCUUGGGCUCCAGUGUCAAGUUCAUGACGGUCUGGAGGACGUACGACACGGACCGCAGUGGAUUUAUUGAGUCCAACGAACUGAAGAAUUUCCUCUCUGACCUCCUGAAGAAAGCGAACAGACACUAUGAUGACAAAAAGAUGAACGAGUACACACAGACCAUCCUGAAGAUGUUUGACUUGAACAACGAUGGAAAACUAGGACUAUCCGAGAUGGCCAGGCUGCUUCCAGUACAAGAGAACUUCCUGCUCAAGUUCCAGGGCUUCAGACUGUCCCCUGAUGAGUUCGGUGACAUCUUUACUUUUUAUGACAAGGAUGGAAACGGUUAUAUUGAUGAACAGGAGCUGGAUGCGCUGCUGAAGGAUCUUUACCAAAAGCACAACAUGAAGGCUGACCCAGACACCCUGGCCACUUCAAAGCAGAGCAUCAUGUCUCUGUCAGACGGAGGGAAGCUGUUCCGUGCUGAACUGGAGAUCGUCCUGUGCAAGGAUCCCACUGUCUGAUCUCUGACCUUUGACGCCGUGGUCCCCUCCUAUUUGGUCCAUGUGCAUGUGCUUGUCUCCUCACUGAACUAAUUCAAUCAUAUAUAUUUAUCCUUAUGCUGAGCUCUGUGACUGAUCACAAUUAAAAAUAUAUAAAACAAUAC